AUGUCUACACGUGAUUGGCUGGAUCUCCAUUCUCACUUUAAAUUCCCCAAGAAACCAGUGAAAUAUUUCAUCAGCGAACGGAAUUCGGAUUCAAGUGAAGAACAAAGCAAAAAAGAUAUAAAUAUGCUAAGAAAACAUAUAAGACAAGAGUCCGACAUAUUCAGAUUACCAGAUAAACAGUUUGAAAGUUACUUUCGCCUAAGUAAACCAGCGUUUAAGUAUGUAUUGGAGACUAUUGAUCCUCAUUUGAAGAGCGGAAUAAGAGCUACAUUUGUUUCAAAAACAAUAAAAUUAGCAGCCACUUUAAGAUUUUUAGCCCAGGGAUCGUACCAACUUAGUGUUGGGAACGACUUUCAAUUGGGACUUUCACAGCCAGUCGUUUCCAAGGUUAUGUCUGAAACGUUGGAUGUUCUUGAAAGAAUAAUUUGCCCCCAAAAUAUAAAAUUUGAAAUGACCAAUGCUGAAAAAAAUGAAGCCAAAUUAUACUUCUUUGAAAAAACAGAUUUUCCUGGUGUUAUUGGUUGUGUGGACGGGACCCACAUUAAAAUACAAGCUCCAAGUAAGGAAGACCAGCAUCUAUACUUCAAUCGUAAAGGUUAUUUUAGUUUAAAUGUAUGUGACCAUAAAAUGCGAAUACGGUUUUUGGAUGCUCGAUAUGCAGGCUCUGCUCAUGAUUCAUUGAUCUGGAACGAUAGUAUUGUAAAAAGGGUGUUACAAGAACGAUAUACAAAUGGAGAACGUAAUACGUGGCUUUUAGGUGAUGCCGGUUAUCCUCUUCAGCCAUAUCUUAUGACGCCAUAUCGUUCUACUGUUGAAGGAAGUCCAGAAGCUAUUUUCAAUACGAAACAUGCAAAAGCAAGAAAUAUAGUGGAAAGAACUAUUGGUGUGCUAAAAAAUCGUUUUCGUUGCCUCCUCGGAGCACGUCAACUUCAUUAUGCCCCAUCAAAAGCAACCAAACUUACCAAUGUGUGUGCUGCACUGCACAAUAUAUGCAUUGACUAUGGAAUAGAUUCAAUUGAGGACAUAGUGCAGGAUGCAGGAUACAGUGCAGAAAAUAGUCAACCUGUUGAUGUACAUGAAGAACAAAGGACCCUUAAUAUUGAGGCAUCCUAUAUUAGGGAACAAAUAUAA